AUGGCGUCGCUUGAAGAACCGUUGAGGACGGGAGAGAUUUCUCCUCGAUUUGAUAAAUUUUUAAAAGAUGUCGUCGAUCAUCUGAGCCCAGAAGAGCUUGAAUAUGCUGUAUCGUCUAUCAAAACGAAUUUUGAGAUUGGAAAGUUCGGGGAUAAAGGAGAUCAGGAUUUAUAUUCGUGCCUGCAUCUUUUUGCAAAUCAGGGUCUUGUGUCGGAGGACAAUUUGACUUUGUUGGAGAAAUUUGUAGUCACCCCACAAACAUCUAAGAAGGAGGAAAUCAAGGAAAAGAUUGAAGCUUUUAAGGCAAUCCGCUUGCAAGAGGUUAAAGAGUCAAAGGCAGCGACAUCAAGGGAAUUAACGGGAAGACACAGCGACUUAAAAAAUGUUAUGUCGAAGUUAACAACUGGUGGAUCAAGUGUCGUAAAUCUCUACGGAGCCAGUGGUGUCGGGAAGACAAGACUUGCAAAUGAAGUGCUAUAUAAGUGGCAAGGAACGCAAACGAAUAAAUUUAACGUGGACUUGAGAGAAAUAGACGAAAUGGAAGACGUUCACUUCCACCUUUUACAAGUGCUUUCAACCGAAUCGGAGGAGACAACAGUGAGCUAUGAAGCAAAUCCUGUUAUUUUGAAAAUGAUGCAGCUGAGGCAACGGGCACAAGGGAACAUUUUGCUGCUUUUCGAUAACGUUGAUCAAUUUUCAGGUGGAAAAGAUGAGGCUGCCGUUAGACGGAAUACUAAUUUUGUGUCAUUUCUCCAACGACUUACCAGUGACAAAACUGGGCGAGAGAAAUCGUCAUUGAAGAUUCUGUUGACAUCUAGAAGUGCAUUUCGUCACGGUGUGGAAAAUUACGAAGUGAGAGGUUUGGAAAGGGUCUCUUCGUGGGAGCUCCUUCAAAGGCAAGGGACACCUGCUAUUCAAGGGGGCCAGAGAGAGCGAUUAGUUGAGAUGUGCAGAGGGAAGCCACUACUGCUCAAUGGCAUGGCAUCAAUUUUAAGGCAGGAAACUGAUGCAGAAAGACUCCUUGGAACCAUUGAGCAGGAGUUAGCGGUGGAACAGUCCCAAGACACUGGGGAAGAACAAACUGAAAAGGAGGACAUGUUUGAUGUUAACGACGAAGGUAUCGAUAAGAAACAGUUGUCAUGUUUGAGGAAAAUGUUCUUUUUCCUUCCAAGUAAAACACUUAAAGAGUCUGCCGUUUCGGUGUCACUCUUCUGCCGCCCAUUUUCAUUGGAAGCAGCAGCUGAGGUACUUGGAGUAAACGUUUCGGAAGCUGCAAUAAGAAUGGAAGGAAUGCGUAACAGUCAAGUGGUCUUCCUUGUUCCAGAGUCAAAAGAACUGCUGUAUGACAUACAUCCCUUGAUGCGAAAGUUUCUUAAAAGCAUUGGCAAUAGCAAGGCUUUCGAGGAAGCUUACCAAAAAGCAAAAGCCCUUUUGGACAAAGACUACGUAAAAGCUUUUGACAGCUUUGAUUUCCAGAAACCCAACUUUGAACUUGCUCUAGACAUUUCUAUGAAGUCCAACUACCUUCUAAUUUCCCAAAAACACCGAGAAAGUGUCUUGGUUUGUUAUUUAUUUGAAGCCAUGAUAAGUGAUGAGAGGCGAAGAAGAAAGAUUUUUCACACCUGGGCUGAAAAGAUAGAGGAAGAUGGAAAGGAAGGUAAGGAGAUACUAUUUUUCUUUGUUCAGUAUGCUAUCGCGAGCAGUUUCCAAUUUAAGAACAAACUAUUACCAAAAGCACCGGCUCAACAGAUGAACAAGCUCGUGAAAUAUAACAGCAGACAUAUGAAUUGAUUUUCCCAAGUGUGAGCAAUGGUGAGCUAGUUUUUCCGAAUAUAGUGCACACCAUAAAACUUGGCCAUGUCGACCCGGAGUUUAGAGUCUUACAGUCAACUCUCUCCAAGACGCGAGACACCUUUCCAACCCGUGUAAUGUGUUCGUUUUAUAUCAUAGAUUGUCAGCUAAAAGGGGUAAAGAAAGGCAAGGGCCAACCCUAGGUGUCUGUUUUUGAUAGAGGGAGAGAGAGUCGAACUUCUUCCUAACCGUCCCAAGCCGGGCAAUGUUUGGCAGUGUUAACUGAUGUACGAGAGCUUUAGGGUUUGGCAAUACUACGCCACUCCUAGUGGAUUCUUACUAAUACAAACCCUUCCGUUAAAUUUCAAGUAACACCAAAUCUUGUAUAUAUGAUCUGCCCCUCUUAAGAGAACUGAAGAUGUUGGAACAACGGUACAUACUUCGUAUGUUCUCCUUAGUGUCCAAGUCAGGUCCAGACAAAAGUACCCCUAUUUGGUUUCUUGGUCCAGAUAAAAGUGUUUUGAUUGUUCUGCUCCUCAAUUUUCUCCAUAGGCAGUAUAUUUCGAGCGGAAUUGCAAUGCUGGGAAGCUUUGCAGGUACUCACACUUGAAGGGUGGCAUAGGGCUGCGGAAGUUGUUCAAGAGUCGAGGAAGUUGCUGAAGAGGGUGCAGAGAGAUAGCAAAAAGACCGAGCUUUUCAAGCUCGCGAAAAGCUCUUGUUUAUUAGUUGAAGGCGAAGUCUUCAACAGAGCAGGAAAUUGGCCAAAAGCACUUAAAAGUUUGAGGCGUUCCCUGGAAAUAAUCGAAGACCAAUUGAAAAAUCACACAAGCACUUGUAGAUGUUUGAAUGCCAUUGGAAAUUGCUACAGCAAACUGGGAAAACCGAAGGAAGCGAUCAAGUUUUACACAAGAGCGUACGAAAUGCGUCAAAAGCUUUCUGGUUCAAGGAAGCACUUUGACUUGCCUCUUUUUAGAAGUCAAAUUGGGACAGCUUAUGAAUCUAUGGCCAUUCAAGAGUAUAGCAAACACAGAAUGACGCCCGAGGCCAAAAUGAAUUUUCGAAAGGCUAUAGAAUACUAUCAGGAGGCUUUAGAUCUUGCCAAAGAACUCAAACUCACUGGGAUUCUAUACACAGCACUUUAUAACAGAAACAUUGCUAACGCUCACUCAUGGCUCAUGGAGUUUGAGGAGGCAAAAACAUUUGCUUAUAACGGGUAUCAGAUUCGGAAAGAUAUCCUUGGCAAACAUCCAUUAACUGUGCGUAGCACUUUUCAAAUGGCAGAAAUUUCUCUUUGUCUUAACGAUUAUAAUGUAGCUGAAAAAUAUUACGAAGAAGCAUGGGAGAUUGAGAAAUCCCUGGGGCAAGGGAACCACAGUAAUGUACGGGACAGAAUCAUCAAUGGAUACGAGGGAAUGCUUCUCAAAGAGAGAAAGAAGGCAUUUCAGAAGGAAGUCUUGGAGUUUUAUCAAAGAUCAUGGGACGAGGAGAAACGUUUUGAAGGGUUUCAGUUCUCUCAGAUGAACAUGAAGAUCAUCGAUGCUAUAAAUGAGCGACUUGGGGAAGAGGCUGAUGUCAAGACAAGGAGAAAAUAUCGAAGCGAAGCUCUUUGGUUUUACAAAGGAGCGUGGAAUUCCCCAGAAACCAAGAGAUUACCUUACGAGCAGAGAGAAAAAGUCUUACAAACUUUGUUACGUUUGUGUGNAGAAGGAAGUCUUGGAGUUUUAUCAAAGAUCAUGGGACGAGGAGAAACGUUUUGAAGGGUUUCAGUUCUCUCAGAUGAACAUGAAGAUCAUCGAUGCUAUAAAUGAGCGACUUGGGGAAGAGGCUGAUGUCAAGACAAGGAGAAAAUAUCGAAGCGAAGCUCUUUGGUUUUACAAAGGAGCGUGGAAUUCCCCAGAAACCAAGAGAUUACCUUACGAGCAGAGAGAAAAAGUCUUACAAACUUUGUUACGUUUGUGUGAGAAAGUUAGGAAUAAAGACCUUUUUGAGAAAUAUCAAAAGGAAUCCUUUAGAUUCUACGAGAGAAGGUGGAAAAAGAACGGUUCAGAGUUAGAAGAGAAAAAAGAAAAAAUUGACUUGCUCACAAUACUAGAGAAUCUGGCUACAUCACUUGGAUAUGAAAGAAAGGCAAAAAAGUACCGCACCCAGCUACAGGUAAGCAAGAACUGAACACAUUCGUCGACUCGUAUUUCUGAUUUGAGAAAGAACAAACUAGAUGAAAGGAAAGUGUUCUAACGAAAAGUGUUCUUGUUUUUCAUUUAGGACUUGAAAUCAAAGCGGGAAGCAUCGUUUUUCCGGCUUCCUUUUAAUCCAUUCGCAGGAGCAGGUAACAUUAUUGUUAUUAAUUAUUAUUAUUAUUGAUAUUAUUACUAUUAAUUUUUAAAACAAAAAGCAACCGGCGAAAGCUUGGCAAGAUUCCAAUUCUAUUUUUUAAACAACAGUUUAAGGCCUCAUUUGAACAAUAUUUUUUUAAUCAUGCCGCUGAAGGACAACAUGAACAGGUUAUUCAACAUUAUAUUUAACAGAGAAGUCUCUUGACAAUGAUGACGAUGAUGAUGACGAUGACAAUAACAUGGACAGUACUGGAGAUGAUGAGAUUACAGAAAAACACGAAUUGCCACAGCAAACUGAUAAAUUUGGCCUAGAGGGACAAAUGGAGGACUUGGAUGAAUCAGAGUUAGAAAACGUUAAGAUACACGAGUAAGUAUACUACUGUUUCUUUACUAAGACCAUUGUUAGAGCACCAUGACAAUGAGAAACCUUCACUCUGGCCAAUCAUGCGAUUCAUUUUGCCUCAAGAGCUGUCUUAGUCUGCUACACAGCCGUUUUUAGUGUCGUCAAGCAACGCCCCUGGGAAGGAGCGUUGCUUGACGAGAUUAAAAACGGCUGUGUAGCAGACUAGAGUUGUCUAUCAGGGAAAUAGGAUUUUGUUUGAGGGUAUACACAGGUAAGGAACAGUAUAAGGGUACAAUCACUAAUCCCAUAGCAAUACAUCUUCCUGUGGCAAGACUUCACGUUUUACCAUCUUAAGCAAGCAAGCUCGUCAGUUUCCGUGUUGCUGAAAGGUCAACGACACACGAUAAGCGAAUUGUCUUUGCUCUAUGCUUACUGCUUUGUGGAAUAGGGUCAUGCCUGACUGAUAAUGCCUAUCUAACCUCAACUUGGCAAAACGACCUUAUUCUCUGUUUGGCAAAAAUGAGGAAAAUUUCCACUUAAAUAAGGUGACGAACCGAAAGCAAGAAUCUUACAUUCAUCUGAAAACCACUCAUCAGUUUUCUUUUAACCCGUUUGUGUGUUUGGGGAAAUUUACAUGCAAAAAAACAAGGAGGUCCGCAUAUUUAUGGAUUGUUCGAUGAUUGUUUGAUUGAUUGAUUGCAGAGGAACGCUUACCAGUGGAGGUACCCACUGGGUACUCAAACGAGGGGGCGCUCACAUUUUCUUCCCUCCUAACGCCGUGUCUGAGCCCACACCAAUAGUGAUCCACCGAUGGAAAUGCAGUGCACGUUCGCCCCCACUGAAAGAGCACGAGUCAGUUGUCAGCAAUGUUCUUGACAUUUCGACCAUCACUGGUGAUGAACUGGAAUUCAAUGCUGAAGCGAAGCUGGUUCUCUCUCACAGUGCGCCUGGUUUACAGGGCUACGAACUGGUGAUAAAGAGGAUGAUCGACUGGGAAAGCAAUAAAUGGGAAGAGGUGGAUGGAACUGAGGACUUGCGGUGCUGGCAAGGUUUUAAGACAAUUUCUCUUUGAAUACAAACUUGAAAAAAACAGCUGACACUUUCCCCGCGAAAUGACGUCUGAGGAACGACUGCAGAAAUUCCAUACUGAUGAAGCGUCACUACGCAGAUUUGGGUAGAACUUCUAAGUACUUCUAAUUGGUCGUGCCGCAAGGGGAGUUUGCUUCAACCAAUCAGAAGCACUACCCGGAUCCGGGUAGUGACACGUCAUCAGUAUGGAAUUUCUGCAGUCGUUCCGCAGACGUCAUUUCGCCGGGAAACCGGUUGUUGAGUUCCAACUUGUCAGCCGUUUGCUCAGGAUAUAAACAGUCAAUCGUCCCAAUACUUGUCUUUCUGUAUAAGCUAAAUUAACUGAUUAAUUUUUACGUGUCAAAACCAUGAAAAUUGGUGUUUGGCUUCGUCGUGUUAACCUUCAUUAUUUGCUUUGACACACACCAAAGGUGCCACUAAUAUGGCACGGAUUCGAACGUGAUCUUUAUUCAAUAAAAUGGUCGUGUAACAAUUAGUUAAAGGCUGCCAACAGUUGAACCUGUCGUACUCUAACACUCAACACGUCAUUUGUUUCUGGCAGAUAAAACGAUAACGCAGUCGACUCCCGAUAAAUCGAACCUUCAAGGGAAAUCGAGAAAAGUUCGAGUUAUCGGGAGUUCGAGUUAGCGGGAGCUCGAACAAAGUAACUGGGAGUAAGGAAAAAAACGGUUUUUACUGCACAGUGAACAUUUUAAUCACAUUUAAUAAUGUAGGAAUGUUAAGUGAAAAUUGAAAGAUACUUCUAGCUUCAGAAAAAUCAGAACGUAACGUAACAAAACAUUGCCUUAAUAGAGCAUGCGUUUUACUGUUUUGAGAAAUAAAGCGGUUUCGUGUUAGAUUUGUGACAAACAACAUCGGCCUCCACUAGUAAACUAUAUGCCUACAACAAGUCAAUGGGAAAUUCAAAAUUCAAUGUUUUAUCGAGGGUAAAAUUGGAGUAAAUGUAUGACAAAAACCCAGGGGAAAUCAAUUUUGCUUCUGGUCAGCGCGAGGUUCGAGUUAGCGAUGGUUCGAGUUAUCGGGAGUCAACUGUGGCUCAUAAUGUUUAGACGGGGACGUUUGCGAAAAGCGUUUACCUUUUAUAAGCAUAUAAAUGCUGCACUACACUAGGCGAAGAAAACAACUGUAAGGAUAAAUUUGCAUAGACAUUUUAAAGGAAACUAUUCAUUGCAUUUGACACUGAUCGCAUUAAGUUGUGAAAAGGACAUGUCAGGCUUUUAUCAUUGAUUUAGUAGUAAUGAUGAUAAUGAUAAUGAUAAUGAUAAACACUAGCACUGUAUUUAUCCCGGGGGGACUCCCCUUAUGAAAGGGGUGGGGAUGCUCGUCGUCUCACUUAGGGGUAUAAAUUUCGGAUUUUGGUCUCACUUAGGGUGUUCUGGGAAAAACGCCAUCAUAUUUAGCCGUGAAGGUCUCGUUUAAGGCUGCACGCGAAAAAGUAUAAAAAUAUAUAUAAUGUCUGUGUUUUAACAUGGUCCCUUUAAGGGGUCAAAAAAAGUUUGGGCACCGCCCAGAUCGGUCUCCUUUAGGGGUUAAUUCAAAAUUUCCGACGAGCAUCCCCACCCCUUUCAUAUGCCGAGUGCCCCCCCCCGUAUUUAUAUUUCGCUCGUUACUCAUAUACCUUGUUUACAGACAUUGAAGAUGACUUCCUCUCUGACAUUGGCACCCCAGACUUUUUCUUUCCCGUUGCUCAAGCUGGCAUAACUGAAUGCUCAACAUAUGCAGUUGUCUGUCGUCUUAAGUCCUCUCCGAUAUACACCAUCACACCUAAUGGCGGCUUAUUCAUUCACCCUGAAUAUCCUGGUGUGAGUAUUAAAGUCCCCAAAAAAGCAGUUCCGCCAAAAGCAAAGUUUCCUUUGGAAUUGAAGGUAGGCACGUUAGUCAAUUGAAUAAUCUCUCUCUAGUUUUGUAUUGUUUUCGUGCUAGGAUGAUAAACAGACAGAUGCGUGAAGCUAGUGUAGUGGUACAUUCUAGCUGUUUUCGACUGGUGAGACUUGUUUCUAAGAAAACUUCAGGUUCUCUAAUCUUGACAAAAAUGCCAAAAGUUAGCUUGAAAUUAGGCUACCUAGAAAUACUGAGGCACCUUUACGGCGUCACUAACACAACGGUAAAAGGCUACAUGUUUCGCCUCGCGAGAUAUGGCCCAAGAGAAAUCUAGCCAAGUUGUCAAAUCUCGAAGAAAAUAUGAAUCAGACGUCAAACUAGCUAUUUUUAAAUCUUUUGUUUUGUCGUUUAUUCUUCUAGGUACAUGAAGUUCCAGCUGAAGAAUUUGAAGAGCAGGACGUGUUUCUUGGCCCUGUGUUGCGUAUAACCUGCCCUCAACUCGUCGAGUUCUUGAAGCCCGUCACAAUUCAGUUGCCAGUAUCGCUACAAAGCGACCAGGAAGGAACUCCAGACCCCUCGACAUGCCGUGUCAGAGUAUUGUUCUUAAACUCUGAUGGCGAAGAUAAAAAAUGGUUGGAAAUUACUGGUGAUCUUAGAAGUCAUGUAAAUUUUGACGGGAAAUUUGUUACGUUUCAGAGUGAACUCUUCUGUGGGUGAGAAGAAAUUCAGAUAUUGUUUUUCUCAUUUGAAAUGAAUAAUAUUUCCUAUGAACUGAUCAUGAACUUAUAUUCAAAUGUUAUACGCAAGUUUAUGUGUCAAGGCUGAUAAACAUUCGUUGAUUCGCGACGAGCUUUAAUAUUGCUCUUCGAACGUCUAUACAUUUAAGGGUUCUUUGUUUUUGUUUGUUUAUUUGUUUCUCUCUUUGCAUGUAGAUGUAUUACCUUAUUUGUGCUUUUCUAGUGUGAAGAGGGCCAUUUUGACUGGGUCAAUAAUAAUAACGUCUUGCUGUAGUUAAAUCUUGUAAUGCAUUACGUCAUAUAACGUGAAUGACCGCCAUUUCUGAUUCCCUCAAUUCCAGAAGGGUGUUUUCAUCCUGAGGUAUCAACAGCUAUCUUAAGUAAUACCGUAAUUACUAAAUUCUGUUUGAUGUCUCUGUUUUAGAUACACUUGCGUUUUUGAGUGGUAUAAAGAGGAAUUCAGUGUUUCCGGAAUAAUUAGUUACAUGUCAAGCCUAAUCUGGACCCAGCCGAUACUAGCAGUUUUGUUCGCUUACUUUGAGGAACAUGAUCGUGCCUAUUCGCAAGAUGUUCUCCAUCUUAUCUGCUGUCCAGCUCAUUUGAGAGAGGGAAUAAUACAAGAGCUUGACGAAAGAAACGUAGUAGCGAGUGAGGGAAAUUCACGGAAGAACAUGAUACCUGGGCGUGACAAAGCAUUUGUAUUUGUGUCUGGAGGAGUUAGUGCAGUAGAUGUAGAAGACAUGGACAGUUUUCACCUUAAGUAA